GUAGGAAGGAUGGAGUCGCUGCCGGCGGAUAGAAUAAUUCGUGCUAAGAGCAGGGGUAACGUCAUGCACGCCGCUGUGGAUUUUAUAGCUGGUUCACUGGGUGGAAUCAGUAUGGUUUAUGCGGGUCAGCCGCUGGAUACUGUAAAAGUCAAAAUGCAGACAUUUCCAAAUCUGUACCGGGGUAUGAUGGACUGUUUGCGACAGACAUGGAUGAAAGAAGGUUUACGUCGUGGCUUGUAUGCCGGUGCAGUGCCCGCAGUAAUUGCAAAUGUUGCUGAGAAAUCAGUUCUCUUUGUUGCUUAUGGUUCGUGCCAAAAACUGAUUAUGAAGCUGACGGGCAUACAGAGAGUGGAGGAACUGGGAACAUUCUCCAAUGCAGCAGCUGGUUCACUUUCUGCGAUUUUCUCAUCCCUUACGCUUUGUCCAACAGAGUUGGUGAAAUGCAAACUGCAGGCUCUGCGAGAGACAAGUUCACAGUCUAAAACAGCUACUCAAAACUGUGGGCCUAUAAAAAUGACGAAAUACAUAAUAAAAAAUGAAGGAGCAAUGGGCCUGUUUAGAGGUCUGACUUCAACUAUGGCUCGAGAAAUGUUUGGCAACUUCUUCUUUUUUGGAGGAUAUGAAGGUGCUCGUCAGUUGCUCACACCUCCAGGGAAAUCAAAGGAUGAAAUUGGAGCUGUACGUACAAUGGUUGCUGGUGCUACAGGUGGUUUUGUUUUUUGGCUUGUUGUGUUUCCUGUGGAUGCUGUAAAAUCAAGAAUACAGGUUGGCGGUCUGAAAGAACCCAUGAUAUCUGUUGCCUUAAAGGUGGCCCGUCAAGAAGGGAUUUCUGCCUUGUACAACGGCUUGCAACCAUCUCUUGUCAGAACAAUACCAGCCUGUGCUACUUUAUUUCUAGUGUAUGAAAAUAGUAAAAAGAUGUUGCUUAAACUUUUAGAAUGAACAGUACGGUAGAUUUGAAUGUUUUUAUCGCAUAAUGGCAAAAUCACUGCCACAGAUUUUGUCCUCAUAGUCAUACAAGUUGCCAAUGGAAAACUGCUUAGAGGAUAGUUUGGAGCAGUAAUACUGAAUAUUGGUUGCAUUGGAGCUCUUAAUCUUUUGAUACUGACAGUGCAAACAUAAUAGGUUUUUAAAAUGUAAACCACAAGAGAAAAUCCAAGAUGGAAUAAUGACAAUAUUAUGAAGAGGAUAGACUGCUACUUAAUGUAUAGAGGAGAUGCUGAGUUGCAGACAGGCACAACAAAAAGGCUGCUAAAUGUGUGAGCUUUUAGCCAAAAGAAGAAGGCAUUUUGGCUGAAAGCUCACAUGUUUAGCAGUUUUUGUUUUGCCUGUCUGUGACUCAACAUCUUGUCUACAUGGUGAGUAGAAUCUAUCCUUUUCAUAAUAUUGCUAAUUACAAGAGACUUAAUUUAAGUACAAAACUUAAAAAUUUUGUUUAUAAAAGCAAUAAAAUUAAGCAUGCAUAUAAGUAUUCAUGUGAACACUGCAAGACUGGUAAAUUGUCACUGUUUAUGUGGAGAUAAGGGUAAAUAUUAUAACACAGUGGUUAUUGAUACAGUGUGGUCAUAUGACUGGACCAAUACUUUACUCAGUACUUGAC